AUGGGCGGAGUAGAUCUAUCAGAUCAGAAAAUGAGUGUGUACGAAUGCAGCCGUAAGUCAACGAAGUGGUGGAAAAAGGUGUUCUACAAAUUAUUAAUGUCAGCGGUCGUAAAUGCAUGGAUCCUCUAUAAUGAAGUCAAUGAAAAUAAAACCAGACUACUACAAUUCUUGGUACCAUUGGCUGAACAAAUGAUGGCAACAGGAAUAGCAAAUUGUGCAGUAAAACGCAGGAGAAACAGUGGAAGACCAUCAAAGAUCGCGAAAACAUUAAUCAAUGUUGAAGACCAUUUUCCUGUCGAGGUCAUGACAAGACGAAGAUGUGCGAGGUGUUCAAUGAAAAAAAAAGAAACUAAAAAGGGCUAA